ACCCAAACAAACCCGAAGCUCAGCGGCCUCUCUUCUGCUGACCUUCUCAUUUAUAUUCCUGUUUUUAGGACACAAGCUUCAUGGCCGGCGCGGAGAGGACACGUAGAUGAAUAAGGCGUGUAGAUGGAAGCAGUAGAAAGGAGAAACAAAGGAGGAGGACGAAAAAGAAAGCAGAAAGGGAAACAGAAGAAGAGGAGCCAAGCGACAAUAUUUAGAAAUGCCAGCCCGAAGACCUGGUUGAGGAGUAAUCCUGAGCCACCUGUAGCAUCAAGAUCAAGGCAUUUCUGGAGGUGGGAUUCGUGCUCCCUCUAUUAUAUUUACGAUGAUAUGUGAGUGGCCGCUGCUGGUGUUCCUUGUGGUGAGGGUGGCCUGUGUGCCCCUCGUACAAACCUGGUUUGUGCCAGAUGAGUACUGGCAGGCCACUGAGGUUGCACAUGCCUUGGCCUUCAGGUACGGGUACAAGACGUGGGAGUGGAGGGAGGGCAUCCGAAGUGUUCUCUAUCCUGCUUCAUUUGCUGCACUUUUCAAGAUGCUGUCUUUCAUUGGUGCUGACACUCCAGUGCUUCUGAUCCACAUUCCAAGGUUACUUCAUGCCAUAGCAUUUGCUGUAGGAGAUUACCAUUCCUGGAAGCUUUGCAAGGUUCUGUAUGGUAGUUCGUCAGCUGGAUGGACAGCGGUGUGCCUCUCCACUGCCUGGUUCUUGGGAUACUGUGCUCCUCGUACUCUCACCUCCUGUGUGGAGAUGGUGCUUCUUGCAGUGGCCUUCAGCUGGUACCCGUGGCAGAAAGAGAAAGAGAGUGAUAGUGCUGGGUACCUGUGGCCUGUAGGAUUGGCAUGUGUUGUUAGACCCACCGCUGCUGUGCCUUUCCUCCCCCUGGCAGUGCGGCAUCUGUGGCACUCCUCCUGUAGGGGCCAGCUGCUGCUUCACUACAUGGCAAUCACAGGAGCAUUUGUGGCUCUGACAGUGUGUGUAGACAGCUGGUACUAUGGUGAGCUGGCUGUAGUGCCAUGGAGAUUUGUUCACUUUAAUGUAGUGACAGGCCUUUCCUCACACUAUGGCACCCUUCCUUGGCACUGGUACUUAAGUCAGGGUCUGCCAGUGACACUCACCACACACCUGCUGCCUUUGAUCCUGGCAGUGGUGUACCAGACAGCCAGACACAGGGAUCUGCUGCCUGUCAUCCUCUGGUCACUCCUCGUGUACAGCUGCCUCGGUCACAAGGAGUUCCGGUUCCUGCUGCCAGUACUGCCACUGUGUCUCUGUAUAGCAGGGGACCAUAUUGCCUUUCACCUUGCUGCGUGUGCCAAGAGAUCUGACCGUCCAAUGGGAUUCAGGAGACAAGUGAUCUUCUUGGCACUCCUCAUCCCAAACCUGGUCGCCUUGGUGUAUUUGGGUGUGAUCCACCAGCGAGGGCCUCUGGACACCAUGCAGACUCUACGGAAGGAGAUGGAGGGCAAUCUACAGGCCAAUGUCCUGUUCCUGAUGCCUUGCCACUCCACGCCUUACUACAGAUGAUGUCCCUCCCGAGGCUAAGGAACAGUAGGAAUUUCAGCCUUUACUCAUCUUCCGCUGAGUGGGCAGAUGAGGAUAAGACGUCGUCAUCUGGACUGUCAGAAGGAGAUGUGGAAGCUGUAGCAGGGUCGGCAGGUGUGAGAGAGACGGCAUGUCUGACUGGCUUGAAGAACGAGUAGAUGGAGGACUGUUUGGUUUUUCUUGUUUUUCAUCAUAGAUUUCUUGAUAAAUCUUGACACUUUUCUCUACGUCAUGAGCCAUUUUGCUACUCCUGGCAGGAUUUGGAUCACAUUCCUUCAGGGUUUCCAGAGCUUUUUUGAUAUCACCAAGACAUUUUUUAAGAGUUGAUUUCCACGCCACGAACAGGUUCUUCUUCCUUGUCUCCC